CGGUUUAUGGCUCAGGCGGCCGUCUUUGCCUGCGACACGCAUCCUCCCCAGCAUCGCCAGGCGGCCUCUCGAGCAGCCCUCCAUGUCGACGAGCAGCCCGCAGUACAGGAAUCCCGCCCACACGCCCUCGCACUACCACGACUUUGCCACGGCCGCCCACGACCCUCUGGGAGUAGCAGCCCUGCCCAACUGGCCGCCAGAUGCAGCGGCCGUAGGAAUCGUCGCUGCUACCCACGACUCGUACGCCAUCGGCCCCUCGACGGCGGCUUUUCUCCACUACCCCCAGCCCGGAGUCGAGCCCGCUAGUUUACAUGGCCUGGCUGCUGCCCCGGCGACCUGGGCGGCUGGUUAUGUCAGACACCCGCCGCCUGCUGCUCACGAAUGGCACCACCAGCACCAGCACCACCAUCACCAUGACGAGACAUUUACGUCGCGCGCAUCCCUCUCGUAUUGCCACGCCGCCGACGCCGCCGCGCCCGUGCCGCACCACCAGCUUCCUGCUACGGCCCGGCCCUACCAUCAUGACCACCACCACCACCACCACCACAACCACCAGCCUGCGCUGCCCGCUGCCCACGACUCCUUUCAUCACUUGCGCCUAUCGUCAGAGGCCCCCGCAAACUCGGUAGACCCACCAUACUCGAAUCAUGCCCAAAAGCUGCCCCCAGUCCCACAACCAUCGCAUGCCCAACCGCAGCCUGUCUUGCUGCACACAAACCAUGUAGCCCAUCCACCCUUGCACCGUGCCGUUGGUGCUGCUGCCCCUUGGCCCGCCCACGCCCAGUUCCUCGACCAUACCAAUGACCCCAUUGCAACCAGUCUGCCGGCCACGAGGCACGACAGCGCCUCGACUACUGCUCCAUGGCCCAUGGUCGAGCCCAGCGAAACUCCGAAUGCGCCUGCCAUGUACGAGCGACCUCCCAACGUGGGCCAGGACUGGCCCGUCGCCGAAGCGCCCGUAGACCACCAGCUCUACGCUCCACACCAUGCGCCUGUAGAUCACUUGGACCGGACCCCUUCACAGCCUAUAGCCCACCCGAGGCCCCUGCCCAAGAAGAAGGCAGCCAAAGUGCCUUCGUCGUUUGUUGAGCGGCAGGAGAAGCUCAAAGUGUCCAAGCGGAAAGGCCCCCUCCAGGAGAGACAGAGGGAGAAGACGCAUACCAUGCGCAAGACCAAGCGCAUAUGUGUCCGUUGCAGGUUCUACAAGUCGGGUUGUGACGAGGGCGAUCCGUGUGAGAAGUGUGAAAAGAUCACAGGCCAUGCCAGGUCCUUCCGUGAGCCGUGCUAUCGAGAACACCUCGAAGACACCAGUCUGAUUCGUCGCUGCAAUGGCCGUGAGCACCAGGAAGAGGCCGAGUUCCUUGCUUACGACUGGAUACACAACAGUCAGCUCUACGAAAUGGAGAUUAUUUGGAGCCUGCCUGGGUAUGGCCCCAUACCAAACGCGCACCCCUUGCGCAUCGCCUUUCGUCCUUAUAGCCCCAAGCGCGGGCCGCUCGAUGUUGCUACGUCUGUCUGGUCCAACAGGGAAGGACAAGUGCCGUCUGUCGAGCAGCCAGCGUAUGCGGUAUAUGAUACGGCAAAUCUCGUCGUGGCAGUCGAACGGUACUUCUCCAGCCUCCAGCCCGCUAUUGAAGAGUGGAUUUUUGCUCGCAUCAGUCGGGACGAGAUCGCCUAUAGCACCUAUCAGGAAGUGAUACGCAUGCGGAGAGUAACGGGAAGCAAGGCUCUCGACCUAGCCAUGCGACUCCAGUGUCUCUCUGUGGUUUCUCAGGGCUACGGCUCAGUCUUCUCGCCCAACAUACCUGGGAUACGCGAGUACGAUUACUCGAGGCUUGGCCGCAGCGACUACGAAGCAUACGAUCGAGGAUCUUGCGAUCGUCCUCUCCCUGGCGCCAUUACUCACCAAAUGGACGUGGCUGCUGUCAAAUAUCUUCGAAAGUUGGAGAAGUUGUUUGUCAAGGAGCUAGCUGCGUUGAUCUUCAAGCCCAAGAUCAAGCCAUGGUACGAACUGUUUCUAACGUUUUAUGUCAUCUUCUGGAACCUCGAGUACAUCCACCACGGAGCCCAAGACUAUAUCAAGUCGAAGAAUGGCACGUUGCUCGAAAACCAAGUCAGCAACGUAGUCACGACGCAGAUCAAAAAAUGGGAAUUUGCCUUUCCCGUUCUCCUGUACCACUGGCGCUGCAUUCUCCGUGGCUACUCGCCCUUCAAACUGGCACGCGACAACCCGGAAGAAUUACGCGAACGUGGCCACAUUGAUACCGAGGGUUUCCACUAUGUAACGGGAAUUGCCAGUCUCUUUGAACGGAACAACCCGGAUCGCUUUCAGCCACCACUGACAGGGUUUGCAUCGGCCCAUUGGUCAACUUCGAGUCAAUGGAUUGUCAAGCUCUUCAGGGAAGCUGGAGCGUGAGCGGCUGGCCCCCUCUCUCGCCCGAGUCAUUGGGACUCCAUUUGUUUUUUGAUACCCAGUCAUGCACCGAAGAUGAGCCACGAAUCGCCCUACAAACUGCAAGCCCCGCUCGCUGCUCAACAAAAAGGGUUUUACGCCACUCCGACUUUUUUUUGUUUUAUUUUAUUUUUUUUCAUAUUUCGUAUUCGAAAGCGACGGGGAAACGGGGACGGGGAAGGAGGAACGAGAAAAGAAUACGCAAGAAAAAAAUAACAAUAACAACGACAAAAGGACCACCAGAGACAAAGCGAAUUCUGGAUGACGAUACUUUUUUUUUGGCUCAAGUAUGCCCAAUGCUGCUACGAAUCUAAAUUUUUUACUCAAC